AUGGUUCGAAGUCGCAGUCAAAUGAACUUGAAUAGAAUAUUUUUGGAUUUAUGUACAAGUCCAGAAGUACGGUCGAAACAUGUACAUACUCAAAAGAAUCAACGACAAAAUCUUUCAACGUUAAAAACGAUUAAAUCGAAUUCUUGUUCAGAUUUAUGUAAUUUAUCCCAAAAUACGUUUCAAUUAUUAUCGUUUGAUGAUGAUCGAAAAGAACAAACAACAGGAUUGAAUAACACUACUCAUGUUUCAUUACUACCGCUGGGACCAAGAAAAGCUCUCAUAAGUCAAACGUCUAAUGAGGCCUCAUUAGCGCCAAUGCAAUCAACAGGUUUUACAAUUGAAACACCAACACAUCCAGCAAACUGUUCUGUAUCAUUAUUGGAAACAAAAAUAAAAAGUACUGUUAACAAACGUCAUGAAUUAUAUCAAUCAUUUUAUACACAACGUUCUUUAGUAGAAAAUUCAUCUUCAUAUAAUAAUAAUAAUGAUAAUAAUAAUAAUAAUAAUAACAAAGACUCAUUACCAUCAACAGAAUUACACUAUCAACCAUGUCGAUUAAAAGAUCAAAUUAAUAAAAUCGAGCAAGAUUAUCAAGAACGAUAUCAACAAUCAUCAGCCAAUGAUUACUUAUCAUCGUCAUAUGACGCAGGUACACUGCCGAAACAUUAUGGUUUGCCAUCUAGUUUAUAUGAUGAUGACAAUGGCUUUGUGUCAACAUUACCUCGAUCAGCAGACAUUCAUUCAAACACAAGUCCAUUUUUACAAUCUUUACCAUUAACACCUCGUGAGGGUGAUCUUGUAUAUGGUAAAGCUCAUAAAUCAAAAUCAUUUAUGAGUUCACUUAAACAUUUAACAUUACCACGACGAAAACAUCAUAAUAAAGACAAGCAUGAUAAUAAUCCAAAACCAAUUCGUCGUAGUCGUUCAAUAUCAAAAUCAUUUAAAAAUUUAUUUCGAUCAAAUUCAAAAAAGAAAGCAAAUGCUGCUAAAGCCGAUGCUUUAGGUGAAUAUGAGAAUGGUACACAUAAAUUUAUUGCUGCUAAUCCAAAUUUUUUAUCAACAUCAACACCAACAACAAAAAAACUGUCAUUUCUACAUCGACAUAAAUCAAAACAAAAAACUAAGGAACAAACAAAUUAUUCAGCUAAUUCAUUAGCAAGUUAUGAUUGUUCAAGUAGUUCUUCAAUUGAAUCCGUACGAGAUACACCGGUUCGUGCUAAUGUUGGACAUCCAGUGACAAUGACAAAAUCAACUGUACAAUAA